GUCCCAGCUCCUCCUCCCCGCCGUCAUGAGCCUGCAGGUGCCAGAGAGGUUCUGCUCUCGGCCACCCCGUCCGUUUGGAGUCGGCCUACUUUGGGCGGUGGCUGCCGUGGUCCUCUACAGAACGCAAGGGAAAGUCUUGACGAAGGAUGUGGCGGUGGUGCUCGACACGCCUGCCACUCUGGUGUGCUCCUUGUUGGUGGCCAAGGAGGUCUUGAGCGUCACUUGGCAGAAGCUGGAGGCCGGGGGCCCCGACAACGUGUGCACCUUCAGUCACUCGCAUGGCAAGGUUAUCGAUGCCAGGUACCGGUCCAGGGUGGACAUCUCGCAGGGGCUCGACGAGUCCAUCCUCACCUUUAGGAAGGCCCUGCUGCAGGACGAGGGCUGCUACAGGUGCAUCUACAACAUCUUCAACUCGAGGCCGAUUCAGAACCAGGCCUGCCUCACCCUCUAUGUUCUGCCCUCAGCGUCCAUCCGCUACCAGUUCGUCAACGGUCACCUGGACGCAGCCUGCUCGGCCACCGCCCGGCCACCUGCGCUGGUCUCCUGGAACGUGAGCGGAGUGGAGGGGGAGAGCCACACUGAGAGCAUCGCCCACGGCAACGGGACCACGACGGUCACCAGGACCCUGCAGUUGAAGGACUCGGAGAGGCCGCUGGGGAAGGAGUUGGUCUGUAAGGUGGUGCACCGUGGGAACGUGACUGAGCUCAGGACCACCGUGAGGAAGAGUGAUCGCGUUUCAGUUCCGCUGCUCCUGAGCUUCCUUUCCGUGCUCAUCCUCGUUGCCCUGAUCGGGGUCUUGUUGUUCUGGAAACAGCGCCUGAAGACAAGCUGCGGAUCAUAGUGGGACAGUUCUGUGCUGAACCUCCCCCGGGCCCGCAGGAGACCGAAGCUGAGGGCAGACCCCAGGACCCAUUUUCUACCAGGAGUCUCGAUCGCUGCUCUUCAUCUCUUAUUAUCCACAUUUCUGGGAGCGAAUUGGGGCCGUGUGUCCCUCUAUGUGCUCUGCUGGAGCUGGUCUGUAGGGCUGAGGGGCUGGGGAAGGGAAAAUGGGAAAGACACGACAAGCAGGAAGAAUGAUGGGAGGGAGAAAGCCAUUUUUACUUUUCUGCCCUAUUUUUUCCCGGUCAUUCAUUCAUUCAAUAGUAUUUAUUGAGCGCUUACUAUGUACAGAGCACUGUACUAAGCGAGUUUAGUACAUUGUACUAAGCACCUAAGGACGAACUCAGCCCUUAGUUCUGCUUGGUGUUAGGCACUCACUCUUUCCCAAGCAUUUUGCUCAGACCUGGGGCCAUUCCUCUCCAUUCCCCUAGCCCACGUGGUUGAGGUAUGAUCAGGGACAGGGGACUACCGGGUUGUUGUGCACCCGUCUCGACCGCUAUCCCGCACACGUGCACAGUCGUUUCUUCUGCCACCUGGCACGCCAGGAUCUCCUAGUCAAGAUCACAUUCAGGGAGUCCAGGGUGAGCUAGAUGAGCCAUUCAGGCCCACCAGAGAAUGACAAGAAGAACAGUGAAUUCUGAAGAAUAAAUUCUUUGCCCCCAACA